CCAAGCUGAGAGCGGGGGGAACCAUCCUCUAAAAAGGGGACUAGGGAGUCUGUGGCUCGGGGGUUCUUGGGAGAGUGACUUGGGUUGGUCUGAGUUUCAUUUAGGACCGGGGUUCCUGGGCACCACCCUCCUGGCACAGACACGCGAGAUGCCACCCUCGCCAAGGAAAUCGAUCAAGGAGCGCGAGCUGUUCUCCCUGACCUCAUCUCGAUCAUGCGCCUCGUGGCUGAAGGCAGUGCUGUGCAGCCACCUACACUAUCUAUGGACGCUCCUCAUGGCCCUCACUGUGCUCUGUGUGGCCAUCCAGAUCCUAGGAGUCGUCUGGCAGUCCAGGAACGAUAAGAUGUUGAGUGAGAAGCUCCUGAAUGUGCGGUUUACCAUCGAGAUUCAGAGAACGCACCCGACGGAGCAGAGGGACUGGGAACGCUUGCGCUCUUCGCAUGCCCCUGUCGUAGAAGAGGAAGUGAGGUCACAGGAGGAAGGAGCUCCUAAACAACCGGCCAAAGGGAACCAGAAGGUAGCAGAACAUCAACAUGGCAGAGAUCACCAACAUUUAAAGCUCUCAAACACUUUCAAUAAGGUCAAAGACACUAGGAAAGAGGCAAGGGGUAAAGUUUCAGCAGUCAAGGCCGCCCUGCCCAAAGUCACACUGGGUGAUGAUGAGUUGCGUUUGGGGGUUCCUGGGUCUGUGGUUCUCCAGCUGGGCCACCCAGCUAUCAAAGUGGUAUCCACCCUGCCUCACAAACCUCUCCAGCUCCCCUCAACCAAUCAGCUGAAGAGUAGAAACAGCCCUUCCCUUCUAGGCACCAACUCUGUAGUUACCGGGGUGAUAAGCGAGGUGAAACCAGAGUUCGCCACCGCCACCUGUCGGCCAAAGAACCACAUCGUCUUUCUCAAGACGCACAAAACGGCCAGCAGCACCAUCCUGAACAUCUUGUAUCGCUAUGGCGACAGCCGCAAUCUGACCUUCGCCCUUCCGCUGAACAAGCACAGCCAGCUGUUUUAUCCCUUCUUCUUCGCCUCACACUUUGUGGAAGGAGUGAGGAGCCGCAGUGUCAAAGAGUUCCACAUCAUGUGCAACCACAUGAGGUUCAGACCACCAGAGGUGAGGAAGGUGAUGCCCCAGGACACAUUCUACUUCUCCAUUCUGAAGAACCCCGUUGCCAUGAUGGAGUCCAUCUUCAUCUACUACAAGAGCAUCCCCGCCUUCCACAAGGCCCGCAGCCUGGAUGACUUCCUUGACAACGGUUGGCGUGGUUACAACACGUCCCUGCCCAACAACCACUACGCCCGUAACAUCCUGACCUUUGACUUUGGCUUCGACAACAACGUCGCCACAGAGACGCCCGGAGACCUGGAGACGCGGGCCGCCACAGCCAUUGGCGCCAUCGAGCAGGACUUCCACCUCAUCCUCAUCUCAGAGUACUUUGACGAAUCCAUGAUCCUGCUCAAGCGCGCCCUCUGCUGGUCUCUGGACGACGUCGUCUCCUUUAAGUUGAACAGCCGGAGCGAGCGAGCACGGAACAUGCUCUCCCCGCACACCGCCGACAAAAUCAGAGCCUGGAACGCCCUUGACUGGCGGCUCUACCUGCACUUUAACGCAACCUUCUGGCGACGGGUGGACACUAUGGUGGGGCGUGAGGAGAUGAGGCGGGAGGUGACUCGGCUGCAAGAGCGACGUGCCGAACUAGCCAAAACCUGCCUGAAGGAUGGGGGUGCGGUGGACCCGUCGCAGGUGCAUGACGCGGGACUGAAGCCCUUCCAGUACGGGGAAGCCAUCAUCCAGGGCUACAACCUGAACCCUGGGCUGGACGGGCCCACCAAAACACGCUGUCAGAACCUGAUCACUCCAGAGCUGCAGUACACAGACACUCUCUACACCAAGCAGUUCCCUGAGCUUGCCACCAGGCAGAGACAGGCUGCCAAACUGGCCGCCUCACAGCGUCAGCCUGGUCCAGCCAAGGUCAGCCCAAACAAAGCAGCCAUGACUGGGCCGGUGAGGGUGAGGGAGACCCGACACAGUAGGACAGCCAGGAGUGGACCCAGAAACCCUAAUACUCAGAACCAAAAUGACCUCCCCCAAAGUGCCCUGUCUAAACUCACUGCAGCUAGAAGUGACAGAAACAUGCCUUGAGGUGGGGCUCUUUCAACAUGGACUAAUGGGACGAUCCACAGGAGCUCAUUGGUGCUGAGUACUGGGGUCUUUUUAAGCUGAACAGCCAAUGGCUAUGUUUUGUCUGUACAGUGAGGACGUUUCGCUGCACAUUAUGCUUACUCUGGCUGGCUGCAGUGCACAGGGCCAGUUAGCUGACUUUGGUGGCACUAGGAUAAGCUCUAGUGUUUCUACCCAACGAUACUGGACCUGUGUGGGUAGAGGGGAUGGAGUUGGAGGAGGAAGAGUAGGGAGGAGAGGGAGAGCGCAACUGGGGUGACUGUCCUGCCUUGACCGGUUGGAUUGGAAGUAGCAUCUCCUAAACCCUCUCAUCUAAUCUCUGCCCUUGAUCUUGUCACACACUGAGGUUUAGAAUUGGAACCCUUGGGGUGUACUAUGGUUUGAAUGGGACAUACUUGGUACUAUUGAUUAAACUGAUUGGGGUUGGGUAAGUACAGUAGGUCUAUGUAUAUGUCUGUCUGCUAACACCAAAAGACAAGCAGUACCUCCAUUUUACUGAAAUAUCUCAGGUCUCAUUUCUCUGAGUUGAUCUAAACUUUACUCAGAGACAAGGUGGCUCAAUUUGGAGGUGAAUAAAAUACGCGAUGGUAUGGUAAACAUGUAGACAUCAGAGGAGGCUGGUGGGAGGAGCUAUAGGAGGAUGGGCUCAUUGUAAUUUUGAUUUGAUUUAUU